AUGAGGCUCAGUCCUUGUCGUGUCUUCAUAGCUGAGGGUCACCGCAAGGCUGUCGGAAGUGACGGUCAGCUCUUGCGUGCCCUGGGAGAUGUGUCCAAUGACGUUGCAUUUACAGAAGUCCCCUGCGCCCUCCUCCCCAACCUCCGCUUCUGCGUCGCGGCCGGGACUGGGGGCGUGGUCAGCCGCGCGGCCAGUGGCCGGCAGCGUGCUCCCGGGGGAUGGGGCGGGCACGCUGCGGCAGGACCGGCCGGACCGUGGGCGCACCCAGCCGGAGCGAGCGGGGGCGGGGGUCGCUUUCCCGCGGGAGGUCGCGGGGCCUGUGGCGGGCAGUGGGCGCUGCCGGCUCCCGGUAACUUGUCCGUCUCAGCGAGGCCUCCGUUACGGGCCGUGGCCGGUGGCUGCGGGAAGCUGGCCGGUCCCCUGCACCGUCCGGCCCUCGCGGCGGGCGUUCGCGGCCGCCCUCUGCGUGUGUCCCGCCGCUGCCGUGGGCUCCGCGGGCUGUGGCUGCCCCUGAGUCAGCGUCGCUGCCGGAGGCCCCCACGGACCGGCCACUCGCAGACUCGGGUGUUGGGCCUUCCGAGGAGGGGGCGGCGGGCCCGGGGGCUGCGUGCUCGGUGCAGCGUCCCGGGGCCGGGGGUCUCGCUGCGCCCAGUGGCUCCGGCACCGCUGACCGCCCUGGCCACGCAGGGCUCGCGGGGGCGGGCCCUGCGUCGUUGUGGUGGCCCCUCGGGCUUCUUUACGCCGUCUGAGUGAGCUUGGUUGGGCCGCGGGUCACCCGGAGUUGGAGUUUCAGAUCUGGUUGAAAAAAGGUACUAAAAGACCAAGAAGCAAAGUGACGUGCCACAGAGGAGCCCUGGAGGCUGACUUUCUCCCCAGCACGGGUCUCUUCCCGUUUGACGUGACCUCACCGUGACCCUCAGUAUAUCCCCAGUUCUCAGCAAGGGACUUUGACACGAGUACUGAAGCAAAAGGCUUCUGGAAAAGUCGCAUUUGCAGCCAAAACAAUUGAGUGAAAUCUUUUUCACGUAUUUUGGUGGUAAACCCUUUCAUUUAUUUAUUCAGUAAUAGUCCAUGCGUGUGUGGCGGUCCCGGGAGAAGCGGCCGGUGGUCUCGGGCUGCAGAGUGGCCAAGUCAGACCUGUUUGCUGUUCUGGGGAAAGUCGUCGGGGAGGGAGUCCGCUC